UGUCUCAUUUGGGACCAGAUGCAGCAGCUACUCACUUGUGGAGGGAUCUUACCGCAGGGACAAGAUGAGUCUCAACAACAAUGACUGCAACUGUAUGAACUCCAAGAAUCUGUGUGAACCCCGCAGGAUGACGAUCAAAGGCACAGAGACGGAAGGGGUCCACCUGUCCAACAACAUCAACGCUCCCAAUCAGACGGAGAGCUCCUCUGAUCCGGACCUGGGAGGAUCGGAGGCCGAAGUCGCCAGGGAGCGGCCGAGGAACUGGGGAUGGAUGCUGUCCGGGAUCAUCUGUCUGAACAUCCUCAUCCUGGGCUGUGCCCUGGUCAGCGGCAGCGCGUACAACAACGUGAACAUCAGCGGCCCCGACGUGCAGGUUUUCCUCAUCAUCCUCGUCCUCCUCACCUCCAUCUGGAUGAUCUACUACAGCGUCUACACGGCCAGGCAAGAGAAUGCUGUGGUUUUCAGGGAUGGUCACGCUGGGCCCGUGUGGCUUCGGGGAGGACUUGUUCUUUUUGGGAUCCUCAGUAUUCUGAUGAAUAUUUUCAAGAUUGCCAGCUACGUGGGAUACCUCCACUGUGAUUCUGCGGUGAAAGUUGCCUCGCCUGUGGUGCAACUCGUCUUCAUCAUCGUGCAGACCUGCUUCUUGUGGGCACAUGCCAAAGACUGUGUGCAGCUACAAAGGAACAUUUCACGGUGUGGGCUGAUGCUCACCCUCGCCACAAAUCUAGUUUUAUGGAUGAAUGCAGUCACCGAGGAAUCUGUUCAUCAAACGGAAAUUCCUGAAUAUCCAGUCAACGUCACUAAAUCCUCUCAACGAAGCGCGUACUUUACAAGAGCGAGUUACGGAGACGACCACUGCAAGUGCAGCCACGGUUCCUGCAAGAUUUUCAAGAAUGCCUAUUACUACCUGUACCCUUUCAACAUUGAGUACAGCCUCUUUGCCUCUGCCAUGGCCUACGUGAUGUGGAAAAACGUGGGCCGAGUCAUAAGCGAGCAUGGCCACCACAACAUCAAAUUUACCCUGAAGGAUGUGAUCCUCGGUCCUCUUCUCGGGAUCCUUUUAGUGGCGGCAGGUUUGGCGACCUUCAUUGUGUACGAGAUGGAGAUGGUGAAAGAGCACCACGACGACGACGACAAGACGGAGAGAGCCAUAAUGAUGCACUUCGUCGUCAACAUAGUCAUCGUGACCCUGAUGUCCGUUGCCAGUGCGAUCGGCAGCGCAGUCUUCAAGGUGGAUCACAGAGAGCACGUGUCGGACAAAAACCCAACUCGCAGCCUGGACGUGGGGUUGUUGGCCGGAGCCUCGCUGGGACAGAUUAUCAUCAGCUAUUUCACAAUCGUCGCCAUGGUUGCAACAGGAGCCAAAGGCCACCUGAACAGGCUCAACCUGACCUGGGCCAUUCUGAUGGUGAUCCAGCUCGGCCUGCAGAACUUUUUUGUGAUUGAAGGUCUGCAUCGGGAGCCCUUCCAUGAGGUGCAGCAAGAUACUGUAGUGGUAAAUCCAUGCGUGCUAGAAUUGCCCAGCGGACUGUACGGUCUUGAGAGUGCCGACAUGGACAUUAAAAAACCCAUUCCGGAGUCUACAGCGCACAACUUGCCUGGCCAUGCAGCAGAGCACAGACACAGGCUCCCGUGGAAGCGACGGAUUCUGAAGGAGGUCUGUGCGUUUCUGCUGCUGGGGAACGUCAUACUGUGGAUCAUGCCUGCAUUUGGUGCUCGUCCCCAGUUUGACCACGACACAGAGACGGAGUUCUACAAAUUCAACAUGUGGGCUGCUGUGGUCAAUAUUGGACUUCCUUUUGGUAUUUUUUACCGUAUGCACUCGGUUGCCAGUCUGUUUGAGGUUUUCCUGACGUCAUAACUGAGUCACAUUAAAGUAUUUCAACUUGAUAAAACUGUUUGCACAAGCUGUGAAUCCUUGUGAGAUUUCUGUCUUCACAAAAUCAUAUUGUGAAAUGAAUGAAUAUCAUCACUUUGAUGGUUUUAUUAUCCUGUAGCAUCUACAUUUGACAAUUAAUGCAUUUAAAAUGUAAUUUUUAGCAGUGAAGAAAAAUAUUCAAUGAAGUGCUGAUCUUGUCAAUUUUUAAUUUUUGUCUCAAGCUUUGUACAUACUUCAUAAAAGCAAUAAAAAUUUUCAUUUUAUAGACA